GCGCGGCAGGACGACUUGGUCGAGACAGAGUGAAGUUUGUGACAGACGGCUCGCGCGCGCGUUCUUCGAAGAAUCUCUUUCAGUGAUUCGCGCGUUCCGUGCAAAUCGGUGGGUGCAUCUUUGAAAGGAAGAAGGAGCACAGGAGUGUACUCUAGGUGUCAAGAUCAGGUGUUAUGCGUUCUGGUGCGUGAUGGACAAGCGAGCCUCCUCAGCCAGCAGCGGUGGCUUCUUCUCAACCGGCAGACUCAUGGAUACGUGGAUAUUUUUCCUGUUCGUCGCCAUUGCCGACGUGGCGGCGUCAGUGGAGGUGCACUUCGAAAAUAAGGAUGGCGGAUUCUUCCUGAAGCAUUCACCGCGGUUUUUGCCGGCCCGCGGCACGUCGGACUCCGUUCCGGCGCUAUCGACGGGCGUGUCGAGCAACAAUAACAAUGCGGGAAGCGCAAUACCGUCGCCGCCGCCCGGCUCCGUCCUCUCGAUCGACAAAUUCACCGUCUUCCAGACGAGCGAGCCGGUGUCGGUGCGGGCCACUUACGGGCCUUUUAGCACCAAGCAGACCGUGCCGGCGCGUUACAUAGUUCCUGAUCCGCUCGACGCGUUGCCGGCGCCGGAAACGCGGCGCAACCUGACGGCCGCAACCAUAUUGGACGCGCAGGAGCUCGGUGCCCGUCACCUGGACAUGUCGGCCCACUUGGUGGGUAACAGCGUGCCGCGCGAUUCGCCGGUCCUCAGGGUACUCUUCCACGCCGGCAGCGAGGCCGGCGGUAGGCGUCAGCUAUUGAUGGCACGGCAUCAACGGGUCUGCGUGGUGCUGCACGCCAGCCUGGCCAGCCCGUCGAGAAGCAGCGGACGCAGCUACUCUUCUUCUUACUAUUCCUCCUCCUCCUCGUCCUCUUCAUCGUCUACUUUGUCGCUCACAGCCGCCUGCAGCCCCGACGGCGAGAACGGCGUAUGUCUCGCGCAGAUCACUAUACCAGCGGAUUGGUGGGCACCGCUGCCACCGCCCGACGCCUCCGGUCGCAUCAAGGUUACCAAGAGUCUGCCGCGAUUGAUUCAGGUUGCUUACUCCGUGCUGGAACCGCGAGCGGAAGAAGGACUCGGCAGCGGCGGCGGUUCGGUCGACAGCAUCGGUGGAUCUGGAUUUUGCAGACCCAGAGUGCAGAUUCAACCUGUCACUCCUCUGGGUCAAGUGCCGCUGGCACCCAACAGAGCAAAUUACAAAGAACUGAAGGCGGACGACUUGUUGACGCUGCUGGUGCCGCACGGACCGCUCUAUCCGAGGUCCAGAUUGCACAUCCCGGCCUUCCUGCAUCCCGCUAAGGCGACGGACCCGCGGCAGGAGCAGCCGCCGUUAAUCAUCGCGGUUUUUUUGAGGGCGAGAGUGAAGUCUGGCGUGAAGAUUUUGGAUGCCUCAUCUAGCAGCCCGGACUGGAUCGUUGAGAGUGAUGUUAACGCGAAAAACACAGCCGCUUCUUUCACGGCGCGACGCAAGGAAAAGGCAUCACGUGCACCAAGCUCGUCCGCGGAGGAAAUAAUGACGAUGUUGCUGGAGGCCAGUGAAGAGGGCAUGGGCGGAAGCUGGGAUGGCGGCAGGAUUGUGUGGACCGUACAUUAUGCGCUUGAGGGCGAGAUGGAGAACGGUUCGCAGUUGACGGGCGUCGAUCAGUUGCAGGAGCGAACGCAGUUUCGCCAGCUGCAGCACCAUCAUCAUCAUCAUGUCGAGAAGCGAAAGCUGCAGGCGCGACUCGAGAUACAGAAGGAUGAUAUACAGGCAGUGCUUCCGAUCUCGAAGAACUGGGAGGUGAUGAAUACGGCGGUGCUGACGGGACGUCAGGUAUCGCAAGGGAUGAAGGUUUUCAUCGUGAGUCAAGCCGGCACGGUAGCCGAUGUCACGCUGCAGUCGUCCUGUCAUUCCGAAGACGAGAGUGUUCUCAAGGUAUCGUCCUCGUGUAGUAGCGUAUACGUGGACGGCUCGGAGAUUAGAGGUUCCAGCAACGCGUCAGUUCUCGUUAAAUACGGCACAUACACCGGUCUGGCGAGAUUUACCGUGUGGAUGCCCGAGUUCCCGCUGGAAGUGAGCGUCGGUGACACUCGGUUGAGCCAGAUAAAGGCCUGGAAGGUACCGGAAGAGCACGUAACGGGCGCCAAGAGCAAGCGUAGCCUGCUGAACAUGACGAAAGCCGAGGAGCAAACGUCCGUCGCGAAGGAGACGUCAUCGGAAUCGCCGGUGACCGCGCGAGCGAAGAAGAGGAGCGCCGUUGAGCUCGAGGACUCGAUAGACGACACCUCGAUGGACGUGGACGACUCGGACGCCCUCCUCGAGGAGGACGAGCACGAGGAGCGAUACCGAACGAACGGAAACGAUCACGGAUGGGACACGAUCAACUCUAUCGAUCGUAAUCUGUCGCCGGCGAAUUGUAGGUUGCGCUUCCAGCAGACUCCCGUCGAGGUGCACGCGCGAUUCCUGGCGACCGAUCACGAUUCGGGCAGAGUUUCGCACUUCGUCAAUCGUCGCACUUGGCUACGCGUCACCGACCUCGUGGCCGGCAUGCUGCGUGUCUCCGACCCCAGAAUAGCCACGCUUCUCCAGGGUAGGCUGGUCCAGGGACGCGGAGUCGGUCGCACGGAGGUGCAGGUGCUUUCCCCGAUCACCGGUCGGGUCAUCGGCGCGAAGGAAAUCAGGGUCGGUAAUGAUCGCGUGUCCGUGACGCGUCUGUCCGUCCGGGUGGUGUCCGGACUUCAGCUCAGCAUCAGUCCCGACACGGCAAUCGAGAAUGGAUACGUCGCCGAGACAUCGGUUACGAGGAGACUGACUGCACAAUAUCAGGAAGGCCUGCUGGACAUCGACGUAGAGUUCUCAGACGGCACACGUACACCCCUGAGAGAAAUCGCUGUGAGCGAUUAUCACUUGUUGGUGGAGAGUCUGGAUCCGGAAGUUGUGGCGUUCGCGCCGAUGGUCGCCUCGCACCAUCCUCGCGUCAUUGCGGUCGGCGAGGGCCGCGGCGACUUACUGCGCGUCAGUCUGCAGCUGGCCGACUCCUGCCGAUUGUCCGGCAGACGUUCGAGCAAAAGCUCCCAGAGGACGGCAAUUACCGCAUUGGCGAGCGCGUCGGCCAACGUCGAGGUGGAUUUCGCUUCGAGCGAAGUGCCCAAUCGACCAGAGUUCGUGCAAAACGACGGCGGUGGCACUGUUGGCUCCCACCAUCACAAAGAACGUAACUUCAAGCGAGGCGAAAUGGCACCUGAUCUGCAUGACAUUCUCAUCGGGUUACCGCUGAAAGACGAGAAAGACGGGCACAAGCACGAGCCUUUGGUGCAGGCACGGCAGCAUCGCACGGCUAUAGCUAAUGGCAUGUCUUCAGGGGGUAUGGGCGGCGUCGGCGUGCGUCACCAUGGCGUCGGGGCGCGCAUGAGUCCGCUCGAGAUCGGGAUGUACGUGCUGCUCGCGGCGUUCUGCUUCGCGAUCGUUGUCUUUGUCGUCUCCUGCGUGGUGUACGCCAGCAAAUUCAAGCCGCAGCCACCGGACUCACCGCUCAACGGCGCGGCCAUACCGGUGCUCUCCGGAGCGGGCGCGAGGGCGCGCGCCGCUGCGAACCAGCUGGCGUCCGGCAGAAGACCACCGCGUGAAUCGACCACCAACGCACACGACUGGGUAUGGCUGGGUAGAGCGACUCUGGAACGAGCUGCCUGCGGUCCGCAACAGGUGCGCGUAACAAGUAAUCCGCUGGCCGGUGAAGGUGAACCCGAGACCGAACUGGGCACAUGUUUCGACAAUCCAAACCACAUCGAAUUACCGUCUGCCAAUCAACGGCCAAGCGGCGGUAGCAGUGCCAUCGACACCACGACUUAUUGCAAGAGGGACAGAGUAGCGCGAAAUAGUUUCGCGGCCAAGUCCGCGGUCAAGCCGUCCGCGGUGAUACCACCCACCUCUACGACGGCGUCGACGGCGACGUCGAUGGCUCCGGCAAUGAUCACCGCGCGGAACGAUAACGAUGAUAUCCCUCCGCCGUUACCGCCGCAUGGAGUGCCAGCCGCGAUGUCCACGACGGUGACCACAACGACGACGACGACAAUCGGCACGAACAACACGAGCAACGGCAACAACGAGGACUACAAGCCGCCGGUGCCGCCGCACAGGAAUACAGGGGUGACUGUGCGACUACCGGAACCACCGCGGAAGCAUCGGCACAGAACGUCGAGCGGUGGCAGCGGCAGUCAUCACGGAAACAAUCAUCGACACGGCAACAAAUUACCGCAGCAAUCGAACCACCACAUAGUCAAAGCGCACGGGAAAACCAGAAUGGACAACGCGAACAAACAGAACGGCGAGGAGGAGGAAUUCGUGGAAUUGGUAAAUCACGACGACAAUAGGCACGCCGCGAAGGACGCCGGAAGAUCCCGAGAGAUCAAGAGAGCGACCAUAGUGGGUAAUCCGAUGUACUCGUCGUUUUCCACGUCCGCUGUUGUCUCCACCGUGAAUUCGUCCACUCCUACCGGCGGUGCGGCCUCGUCCACCACCACGUCUCCGCCUUCCUCGUCGCCAUCCGGCUCUUCCACCUCCUCCUCUUCCAGCUCUUCUUCCGCCUCGUCCUCCACCCAGGAUCAGGAGGAAUCGGUGGCGCUCGACGAUCUCAAUCUGGGCAUGGACUACAACCAGAUCAUGCAGUACUUCGACAAUUUGAAAGAGUCGAAUGCCUAGGUAGGGCCGUUCGACCUCUUUGAAGGUCGAAAAGUAGUCAACGUCGAUACGGAACACCGGGAGCCUCGCUAGUAGACACAGCGCGAAGCGUCGCGCUGAUUACUUCGUCGAGCUUUUUCGCUUUCUAUCUUGAGAAUUCUAUGUCGAGAAUAAGUGACAGCUCGCUCCCGCUACGAACGAAGUUUUUCGCUACAAGGACGACGAUGCCCCGGAUGUUUCGUAUUAUAGACUAUAAUCUAGUCAGCUUCCUAGCAGCACAUCAAGAAUAACGCGCAAACAUGAACACAUAUGCAUACACAUAUAUACGCUCGUAUUAACGAAAUUACGAAAGAAAUAACUCUUUCGUACAUAAUUCAUACAGUCUCUUGAUAAUUUAUUACGACCGCCAACAGUUUUCGGACGCAACGGGUGAAAGUUCCUGAAUUACGAUUUAAUUUGUCGCGACAUGUUCCUGUUUUAUCGCAUCAAUACAUAAAUAAUCAUAUAUAAAAUAUAAUACGCGAUAAUAAGAUGAAAUUAUGUAUCAUAUCAAUGUUUUAUAUUAUAGUCUCACGCGAGAAUGCAUAUUUCUACUACACUUUUUACCGUUUUUACAAAUUAUUAUCAAUUAUGACGUUUCUUUUUCUUUUUUGCUGACUGACAUUUCUGAUAUUUCUAUUUCAAAAUUUUCAUUACUCUUCUUAAAUAGCUUUAAACUUUGUCUCCACUGAACUGAUAAUGUUAAUAGAUUUAAUUUAUCGUGACGCGGUUUACUUUAGAAAGUAUUAUUCAAGUAUUGCAAUUGCGAAAACUUGCUGACGUAAUAAAUAGUCGGAGUACUGCUCGUACACGCCAGAGGCUUCAAAAAAAAAAAAACUGACUGUCGGUGGCCAGUGGGGUAGGUAGAUUGCUCGCUCGAUGGCGAAAGCGUCACACAACGUUUCGACAUUCCGUUUCUCGUUGCGAGCUUCCCUUCGUUUUGUGUAGGAUCCUUGUCGAUCUUCACUGCCCUGCGCCAUCCUGAUCUCUCGCUCAAGUCCUUCCUCCGCUAUCACGAUUCCUCUCUUCGUCGGAUUACAAGAGACGAGCAUCACCACUUGGUUUCGUAUUUUAAUCGCGCACGUCUUCGACAACGCGUGUACAAUAUAUCGCGGAAGAUUUUCCACCUGUGCCAUCUUCGUACGACUUUCGCGGAUUUUCCACAUCUUUCCCGUCGAGUUUCCGAAGAGACGUUAUUCUGAAAUUUAUUUCAGAUAUCAAAAAUUUUUACAUUUGAUUUUUACGUUACGUGCAUAAAAAGAAAAAUGUACUAUCACAUCUUUUUCUGCUUCUCUUCUAUCGAUAUUUGAUCUUUAAUACUCAUAUCACGUCAAUAUGUCGAUACUGUCAACGAUAAAUUCGUUGAAUAAUGGACUGUCAAUCAACCAGUCGAAGUCGAUUUGCGACGCGCGAUUAAAAUAUGACGGCGUGUAUGUUUGUUUCCUGAACCGGUCGCAUCGGAGGAGACAUUUAUUCAAUCGACCGUACGUCGUAAUGUUUGUAAAUUUUGCUUUGUAAGACUGUGUACAUAUAUAUAUUAUAUAUAUACGCGAUAGCGCAUGUUAAUUAUGGACUUACAGAUUUAAAGUUACAUUUGUGUAUGGCUAAUAGAGAAUUGCAAAUCGUUCCGCGCGUCGUUUGACGGGAACACGUCGAAUCGAACGAGACAACGUCGACGGCAAAAUACGUGUAUACAUUAUGCACACUACAAUGCUCGAGCACUGCUCUCUGAUAUCGCUUUUGAUUUGCCCUCCUCUCGCGAAUGAAGUCUCUCGAAAGGACUCCACUUCUCACCUGAGGCUCGUAUUCCACGAAUCUUUUUGGGUACGUCGCGUAUAUAUAUGCGUAUUGCGAUCAACAAUUUUUAUUAUGCCGAAAAUCGCUGCGCGUAUUUUCAUCAUGAGUACGUCCACACGCGUGUGUGACAUCGUUAGCGAGAUCAAUAUAUCGUAAAGUAUCUAAGGGGGUACUAAUAAUUGAAUAUAACAUAUACGUAUUGACGCGUACUUCGGUACGGUAUCGAGAUACGGUGUCUUAAUUAAGCGCGUUUUUGCUUUAAAAAUUUGUAUCUAGGUACUAUAUCUGCUACGAGAUAAGGUAACAUAACAUGUAUAUAUAUAUUUGCCAUAUCAGGUGUAUAAUUGUAUAUUUAUCAUAAAAAAAAUAUUAUUCGGAAUAUUGAAGUUGGUCGAGACGUUCUGUGUCGAUGUGACGAUGUGAGGAAACUAUCCUACUCUUCUUAGUAAUAUAUUUCUUCAAUUUCUAAUUUAUUUACAACUAUUGACCUGUUACUUGCAUUAAUAUUUCAAGUUUGGCAAUAUUCGAAGAACCAAGAAUAUGUUUCGAAAUUUUUAAUAUCCGUUUCAUACAUACCUUAGGUGCUAUUUCGAAAAAUACAUGUAUUAUUGUACAAGCAUAAUUUCAUCAUAUAUUCACGUUUGUACCUAGAUACAAAAAAAAAACCAUGUAGUCGAUACGUUAACUAUAGUGUGUGUAAACUAAGUGAACAUUACUCUUCAAAGAUUUAUCAUCAAUUCACCGAGCAUUCUCUUUUUAAUACUCAUUAAUCAAUCAGUAACGAAAAGUAUUGGUUUAUACGAAUAAAAAUAAAGCACAUAUUUUUUCCUAGCAAAGAACAAUCCUUGUUUGAAAACAAAAGCACGAAGCAAAAACAUAUCCUAUAUUCCAUGUAAAUUCUAUUUUUAGUCCUAUAAUUUAUUCCACUUUUAUUUUUUAUUCGUAUAAACCUAUUAGAAAUGCGUAACUAUCGAAUAUAAUCACAACUAUUGAAUAUAAUUUUAAAAUCUAAAGAUACUUUUUUACAAAACAAUUCCUUCGCAAGCGAUAAUUAGCAAAGUGUGUUUGCAUAGUUUAUACAUGCUUUUACUCGUACUCGUAACAGCGUGGAGAAAGAAGGGGAAAGAAAAAAAAAUCCCAUCCGUUCUUCCUGGUCGACUAGAGUAGUUACGAACUCGCUCAUUGUUUUCCAUGAAUAAAACUUGAUCACCGCGAAAUCACGAUCAAGAAAUACGAGGCAAAGACAACCUGGGCGUGAAGUGAUCAAUCUACUCCAAACCAGGAAAUCUAUAACUGUGUACGCAUCUAAGGACUACGUGUCUAAGUAUGUAUGUAACUCUGUAAGUUGUGUAUUAGCACAUCGCGUGGAACAAUAGUGAUCCAUCGGCGGCGAACGGUGUUUGGCGAACGAAUAAGCGACGUGCGCCUCGUUGUCGUAAAACACACAGUGAAACGAACAUUGUGACACGGUUGCGUAAACAUUGAAGAAGAAUCGGAAACAACGUAAGAGUACCCCGCCGAGAAUCUAGUCUUAUAGCGUAAUUAUAUAUUAUAAUAUAUAUAGAUAUAUAUAUAUAUAUAAUAUUAAUUAAUGUGAAGUGCGAUGUACGUUGCCUUCAUUUGAUGAUAAUAUGUAUCUUUCGAUUGCCCCGCGGUCACCGUCGAUGCGUUAAGCUUGAUGUACAUACAAUCAACUCUUAACUGGCAUAAUGGCGAAAACGCAUUAUCUAUCCAGACAUUUUUAGAAUUGCAAAAGGAAAAAAAUGCAUAAGAUAUGUCCACAAAGAUUAAACAGUUUUAUCUUGCAGAAAAAUGGAAACGACAAAAAGUAGGAAGAUUAUUUUUUUUGUUAAUAACGACAAAGAAUGUGAAUUCCGUGCUAUUUCUUUUCUUUCAAAAUGGACGAAGAAGCGAGACUCAUCGAUGAACACGGCGUAUGAAUCGAUCAUAUCCGAAUAUCAAGCGAAACAGCGCUACGCUAAUCUGUAAUUUGUAACUAUUAUUUAACGAAUUUGAUAUAAGGACAUCUUCAGUGAUUAUCAUGAUGCCAUAGCGUUUACUUAGUCCUACUAAUUGUAAGAACGAUCGGAGUCAGUGGCUUGUAUAAUAAUCAUCGUGUGGUAUAUACAUACAUCAUAUAUACACGCACACACAUAAUAUACACAUAUAUAUUGAAUGAAGUCUCGUGUACAUACGCGCUUCUCGUUUCACAUCAUCCAGAUGAAUGAUAUCGCGCUUUUGUAGUGUCAAAAUGCUUGUCGCAAAUUAAAGCAUCGGAGUAUAUCAAUGUCAUCCAGUGAUUCCCGACUUUUGAUUUUUGUGGUUUUACAGUAAAUCUCAUAAGAUUUACAGCCUCUCAUAUAGUCAUUCAUUAUUUUAUUCAUCUCUUUUGUCAUCUAUCUUUUUUCCCUCUUUAUCGUAUUUGAUUUAUUAGACAAUUUUUCAAAAAAUAAAUUUAUUGCUGUAAUGUAUGUCUUAAGGAUGUUUAUCAACCGUACAAAUACUAGCAAUACUAAGAGCACAAAAAGAUGUAUGGCUUCACAAUGAUCAAUGCUAGAUCACUCGGGAAUCAUUGGUAAUCUUCUCACGAAGAUCCCUCCUCUAUCCGAUAUAUUUCCCACGAUUUAUCCGAUUCUAUGCGAAAAUUCCUGUCCACAACCAAUAUAAUAUAUGAUAGUGGACGUGCUCGUUGCAUCUGCCCUCCAGUCCCCUCUUUUCUGAGUUCUUACCCACUAGAAAUAUAAUAGAUUCAUCGCAACGCAUCGCUGACUCUGCAUCCGCACACAUUCCUCAGACACUAUGUCGCUCUAUUUACAAUAAGUGUGAUAAAACGCGGUACUGAAGAAAGAAUGAAGGAAAGCGAACAGAAGCCGUAAUUAGCAAUUACUAACUGCGCUCGCAACGACGACGUUCGAGCGACGUUGUUAGCAAAUCGACGCCGACGAUGGCAAUGGUGAUCGCGUAUACGACAAUAUCCGAUGACACAAGUGUUCUUCGAGUUAGACGACUCUGAUAAAAGAUGAUUGAUGUAUGGAGAUUUGUCGAUGGUUUCAUUAUCCCGAUAAGGCGAAAAACAAAGUACAAGAUUUUGUUUAUAUCAAGCGAUAAUACACUCUCCCUGAUUCCAAAAGCUCGAGAACAUCUUGUUCAUUUAUACUGUCGGAAGCAUUAUAUCAGCACAGAAUAUCGGAAUCAUUUCAUGAUGUCGGAUGGCGCACAAAGACGGUUUUUCAACGUUUACAUUUUAUCUUAAAAACAACACGGUAUUUCUUUCGAACAAAGAGAAGACACUCUUAAUCUUAUUUCCUCUUUCCUUUGUUGUACAGAUAGAAUUUUGUACUUUAUAAAACUUAUUCUAACAAAGUUGCAGUCACAAAUUUAUCAAAGCGUUGGAAAAAUAGCGUCUCUAAAACGUCGAGUCCGGAAUUAUGAAAUAAUUCCUCUCUCAUUAUUGAAAGUAUUAUUAUCAUGUCUAUUGCUAUGCUAUUACUAUUAUUACUUGUACUACUAUUAUUAUAUUAUUGACAUCGUUGCUGUUGCUGUUAUUGUUACUGGAAUUGUUGCUGCUGCUGCUAUUGCCAUUGCCAUCGUCGCGUCACUCACAUGUAUCCUGAAGACAUUAUACGUCAUUGACGUCGUCGUUGCUGUUGUCUUAUCGUCGCCGUGGCCGUGGUCGUUGUCAUUAUCGACCAUUAAUGUUGGCGUGCGCCGCCGAAAUGCUAAUUAUAACAAUAAGAUACGACUAUCGCCUACUCAAUGUACAAUAUGUAGUAUUUACCUGUUGUUACCAUCAAACCGUCAUCAAAGAUAUAUAAAAAUGUAAUUGUAACAUA